UUCUAGAGAGAGAAAGUAGAGAGAGAGAGAGAGGAUGAGCAGCACACAGUCGUCACACUCGCUAGCAUUCAGGGUGAUGCGGCUAUGCCGGCCGACGUUCCACGUCGAAACCCCACUCCGAUUCGACCUCACCGAUCUCAUCAUUGGUGAGGAUCUCCUCGACGAUCCAUCCGCCGCACCUCACCUCCUCCGUCUCCUCCAAUCCCAGUCCACAGCUAUUGACUCCUCCACUGAUCUUACCUACAGUAAUCGGUUCCUCCUUCGUGAUGGUCUCUCCGAUGCCAUGGGCCUUCCCGGUAUGCUUGUCCUCCCUCAAGCAUUCGGGGCCAUAUAUCUUGGAGAAACAUUUUGUAGCUAUAUAAGCAUCAACAACAGCUCCAGUUUUGAAGUGAGGGACAUUAUAAUAAAGGCAGAAAUACAAACGGAAAGGCAGAGGAUACUGCUUUUAGAUACUACCAAAACACCUGUUGAGACGAUAAGAGCAGGAGGACGCUACGAUUUCAUUGUUGAGCAUGAUGUCAAAGAGCUUGGGCCACACACCCUGGUCUGUACUGCUCUAUAUAGCGAUGGUGAUUCUGAGCGGAAAUAUCUCCCUCAGUAUUUCAAGUUUAUAGUUUCAAAUCCACUUUCUGUCAGGACAAAGGUCCGUGUUGUGAAGGAAAUCACUUACUUGGAGGCUUGUCUAGAAAAUAAUACAAAAUCAAACCUGUAUAUGGACCAAGUGGAUUUUGAGCCAACCCCACAAUGGAGUGCGACGUUACUAAAAGCUGAUGACCACCAUUCUGAGAAGGAUGCUUUGACGAGAGAGGUAUUCAAGCCACCCAUUCUCAUUAGAUCUGGGGGAGGAAUUCACAACUAUCUCUACCAAUUAAAAUCGUCAAUGGAUGGAUCUGCACCAACAAAAUUUGAGGGGAGUAAUGUCCUUGGUAAACUUCAAAUAACAUGGCGUACAAAUCUGGGGGAACCUGGGCGCUUGCAAACACAACAGAUAAUUGGCAAUCCCAUCACACACAAAGAAGUUGAACUGAAAGCAAUGCAGGUGCCAUCUGUCAUCAUCUUGGAAAAACCCUUCACAGUAUGCUUGAGUCUCACAAACCUGACCGAGAAGAAUCUUGGCCCAUUCGAAGUUUUGUUAUCUCUAACUGAUAACCAAGAGGAAAAAGCUGUAAUGGUUAAUGGACUUAAAAGGAUGGAUUUACCUCAGGUGGAGGCAUUUGAAUCUCUGGAUUUUAAACUGAGCCUGAUUGCUGUGGAACUUGGAAUGCAGAAAAUUAGUGGCAUUACACUGUUCAAUACGAUGGAGAAGAAAAGUUACGAUCCUUUGCCAGAUGUGGAGAUUUUCGUUGAUGCGUAAUGAUGCCAAAAGUUGAGGGCUACCUGUACAAUCACAUACGGUUAGAGAAUACGGCUGCUUUUUGGGUUUCCAGGUCAGCUUGCGUGCACCUCGACUAAUCCCCUGUAUUGAAGUUCUAGAAAAACUAGUGUUGAGAACAUUUUAAUUAACAAUUCUUUAGACAUAUUAGUUGCCUGAUGAAUGAGAUAAUGAUCCAUUUGUUGGAUCACAACUUGUGUACCCUAGACUUAGAUUUUUCUCAUCGUGUAUUUUACGAGAUCGAAAUUAUCCCAAACCGCAGUAUCUGUUUACUAAUUCUCAACUUGGAGCAUCAAGAUAUCGGAUGCCCAACUUGCAGAGAAAGUAGUCAAAACCGUGAUUUUGUAUGGAAAAAAUUCUUAUCCGA